CUUGACAAAUUAACUUCCUGUUCGGGAUUCGCGGAAGCUCUGUCGAAAAGGCUAUAUUAUCUCAUUGUAGUCGAGCCGUGGUAACAAAAUGUGAUGUAUAUUGUUUUUAGAGUCACUAUGUAUGCAACUGCCACAAGGCAGUUGUCUGUUUUACGACAUAAAUAUACACAAUUUGUGCGAAGUUGAAGGUCAUGUUGGCUUAUUCACUUCUAUAGAAUAUUUAUGCAAAAAGAAACAAAAAGAAUCAUCAUGGUUUCAUGAAUUUGUCAAAUGCGGAUUAGUUCUUAACAGUAGGAAUGUUUCCUCCAAGUUUUCCUGAAAACUUCAACGCACAAGAGUGGAAGGGUAUAUUUGUUCAAGCUCUUGAAAAUGUUCAGUACCAAGUUCAUCCCACAUUGAUAGCUAAAGCGGAUGCUUUGGAGUACAUAGAAAGCCUGAUCAUAAGUCUCCUGGGAACGUUGUGUGCUGCCCAGCCCCACACAGUCCAGGAUGUCACGGACAGAGUCAACAAGACCUUCCCUGAUCCGAUCGAUAAGUGGGCAAAUAGGGAUGCGAAUAUUGCUCUGGAAAAGGGCAAGAAGAAUUCCAGUAUAGUGCUUCCUGUGGAGAAAAUUCAUCAGGCUCUCAUAAAGGAUGUCCUGGGCUACAAAAUUGAGCAUAGUGUGACCUUGUAUAUUGUGGCUGUACUAGAAUACAUUGCUGCUGAUAUCCUAAAGCUGACUGGAAAUUAUGUGAGAAAUAUAAAGCACACAGAAAUCACAUAUCAGGACAUCAAGGUGGCAAUAUGUGCAGAUCAGGUGUUGAUGGACAUGUUUUCCCCGGAGGAGGACGUGUCCCUCCCUCUGGUGGAGGAGCCUAUUGGUUUGAGGACCGAGGCUCAGUCCUAUGAGGACAUUGUUAAGGAUUUCAUCUUUGAGGAGACUCAGUACAUGAGGGACCUCAGCCAAAUCAUUAAAGUUUUCAGAGCUCCCUUUGUUAAGCAUUUUCCAACCAGCAAGGAUCUGGAGAUAAUAUUCAGCAAUAUAUUGGACAUUUAUGAGUUUACAGCCAAUCUACUGAGUUCUGUAGAGGAGCAGGUCGAGGUGGCUGCUGAGAAUGAGACGCUGACUGUAGGAAUCAGCUUCCUGGACAUGGCAGAGGAGGAGGAAUUCAGUGUUUAUGAGAAGUAUGUAGAUGAUAUGUUAUCUCCAAGAGGAAAGGAGAGACUGUACACACUGAUGCAGAGAGAUGACCUUACGAGAACUCUGGAGGAUGAGGGUCAUGGAUUCAAAGAUGCUGUCAAAUAUGUCUUGCCAAAGCUGCUACUAGGGCCAAUAUACCACUGUCUUCAUUAUUUUGAAGUCAUUAAGGGUUUAACAAAUGUGAGUCAAAAUGAAGAAGAUUUAGAGUUUCUGGAACAGGCCAAUGGGUUACUAGCAUCAUUACGAUCUGUUUUGGAAAGCCGGAUAAAAAAUGGCAAUCUUCCCAGAACAAAACCCUGGGAGACGUCACUGAGAUUACAAGGCAGGACUGGGAUUCAACAAGUUGUACAAAAGAUGUCUGAACUACAGAAAAGUAUAGAUGGAUGGGAGGGCAAGGAUAUCUGGCAGAGCUGUAGUGAAUUUAUUCUGGAUGGAGUUCUCAUGAAACAUGCCAAGGGAAAACCAACAGAGAGACAUGUGUUUCUGUUUGACGGUCUGAUCAUCCUGUGUAAGCCAAACAUAAAGAGAUCUUCUGUAACCUACCCCACGGGAGACUUCAAACUGAAAGAGAAGUUCCACAUCCGUAAAGUGGAGAUCAGGGACAAAGAGGACACAGAUGAACUUAAAAAUUGGUUUUUGAUAGUACCCAGGGAUCACCCCAAUAACAGUGUGGCUUUGUCUGCCAAGUCUGCAGAGGAAAAGAGUAACUGGAUGGCUGCCCUGAUAUCACUACAGACAAGGAGUAUGCUGGAGAGGAGGUUAGACAGCAUCCUAAAGGAGGAGGAGCGGGAUCGACCUCUUAUACUGCCCCCUCCAGAAACCUACAGAUUUGCAGAGAAGGACACUACAGACAAUAUAGUGAUGGAGGAAACAGGAUCCUCCCCUACUGAGAUCCCCCUCAUCAAAGGAGGGACCUUACUGAAGCUGAUUGAGAGGCUGACGUACCACAUGUAUGCAGACCCCAAGUUUGUGAAGACCUUCCUCACGACCUUCAGGUCCUUCUGUACACCACAACAGCUGCUGGAUCUGCUGAUUGAAAGGUUUAAUAUCCCAGAUCCUCCAGAAAAUCUGAAGGUGGACAUAAACCAAGAUGCUGAUACCAAUCAGCGAAUUAAAGAUGAUCUCAAAAAAUUCCGCAAGGAAUACAUUAAACCUGUGCAAUUUAGGGUUGUAAAUGUUUUACGUCACUGGGUGGACCACCACUACUAUGACUUUGAGAGAGACCAAACUUUGUUGUUCAAACUGAAUACUUUCCUAAAAAAUGUAAAGGGCAAAGCUAUGAAGAAAAUGGCAGAGUCUAUUCUCAAGGUUGUCAGGAGGCGGUUUGAGAGUGUCAGUACAGAAAGAGAUAUUAUUCAUGCCAAACCAGCCCCACCCAUAGAAUGGCACCUCACAAAGGACAAAGAGCAGUUUGACCUGUUAACGCUUCACCCUAUUGAAAUUGCUAGACAGGUUACGCUGCUAGAGUUCGACUUGUAUCGAGCAGUUCAGCCAUCUGAACUUGUAGGUUGUUCCUGGAUGAAGGAAAACAAAAGUACUUCUUCACCCAAUCUUCUCAAAAUGAUCAGUUUUACUAAUAAUUUUAUAUGCUGGCUUGAGAAGUGUAUUAUAGAGACAGAAAACUAUGAUGAGAGAGUGGCAGUUGUGAAUAGAACUAUGGAAAUUAUGUUAGUGUUUCAGGAACUGAACAAUUUUAAUGGUGUUUUAGAAAUUGUUAGUGCAAUAAAUUCUGCGUCUGUUUACAGACUGGAACAUACGUUUGAUAAAGUAAGUUACAGAAAGCAGUUUGAAGAUGCCAAAGAGCUAAAUGCAGAUCAUUUUAAGAAAUACAUAGAAAAACUGCGAUCUAUAAAUCCCCCAUGUGUUCCAUUUCUUGGUAUGUAUUUAACAAACAUUUUAUUAACGGAGGAGGGCAAUCCAGAUUUUUUGCAAAACAGACCAGACAUUAUUAAUUUUAGUAAGCGACGGAAAGUGGCUGAAAUUACAGGAGAGAUUCAGCAGUAUCAGAAUCAGCCCUACUGUCUGACUGUAGAACUGGAUAUUAGGGAUUUCUUUGAGAACCUAAAUCCACUGGGAAACAUGACAGAGAAAGAGUUCAAUGAUCACUUGUAUGCAGGAUCAUUAAAACUUGAACCCCGGGGGACAUUGCGACCCCAGAAAUUUCCAAAAAGGUAUGAUUAUUCCUUGAAGUCUCCAGGCAUUAAGCCCAACUCCCUGAGAGCCUCCACGAGGGGUCACUUCUUCCCACUGCUGCCCUCUGGCACGGGCUACAGGAUUCUGAAUGACACAGAGGAACCAGAACCACAGUCCCCUCUACAAACCUCCCCUCCCUGCUCCCCAACAGAUGUGUUUGAGCCUGCCUCUCCCACAAAGCCUGGCAAUUCAGAUAAGUCAAAUGAACCUAGUCAAUUAUCUGCGAUACCACCCCUUCAGCCCCCUCCAAAGACACAUGGGGAUCGCAAAAACUUUCAGUCUCCCCCACCUCUUCCUCCUCGCAUGAAACCAGGAAGGGAGACUGACCCUCCCAUUCCCCCAAGGAAUAUCCCCCCUCCUGUGCCACCCAGACAUGAACCCCAGACAACCCAUCAUUUUCGACCACCGAGUGCAACGUUACCCCGAUCCAGUCACCGGAGUCCUAGCCAGUCAGAAUUCCACCAUGUCAACGGAAACAGAGACCUAGAGGAGGGUAUCCCAAAACUCCCCCCUAAAACCUACCGGCUGACACACCACACAAGACAAAAGAGCAGCUAGGACUAUUCUAGUGUUCUUGUUCUCAGCAAUACUAUUUUUAUGUUGUUCACCAAAGAAUGAUUUCAUUAGAAGUCAUUUUAAAAGAAUUGAAAGUCUGUAUGCAUGGCUGUGCCUUCUUCAUUUUUCGAAAGAUGAUGGAAAGAAAUUGUAAAACUUGUUCAACAGGCAUUAUGUACUGUAAAGUACAAAAAAAGCACUUGAUUCACAGUUUCUCCAUUGCAAACAUGUAGGAGUUUGAACUUGUUUCAAGAGAGCACAUUUCUUCACUUAGAAUUGAACAAAUGUGAAAUUCAUGGUUCAUCAACUGUUCAAUUUCUGAAAAAGUUUGGUGCAAAUUCACAUUACUGAUUCAGGAGUUAUUCAUUGAAGUGACAUUUCAACCUAUGGAUGAUACCAUAAAAGCUUGCCUUCCAAAGGAAAUUCACUUGCUCACUGUAAAACUUGUCACAUUAGUAGUGCUCAAAAUGGAUUUAGCUUCUGGAGAUUCUUGAAAAAAAAUUGUCUUUCUGUCGUGAGUUUUUUUUUUUUAAAGAAGGCUAUAUGAUGUGGACAUUGCCAAGAUGCUGUUAGAUGGAAAAAGAAUCUACAGAACAAUUUGCUGAUAUUAUCUUAGAUUUUAAGUGCCAAUAAAAUGUUGAUGCCUAUCCUGUUGUGAAAUGGGAGGUGCUGGAUAUGUUAGGUAUUCACAGAUAACUAAAGAUAUGGCAAAAGCAUGUCAAUCAUGUGAUACAGAUUCUUAAAUGUGCUGAGGAGAUAACAGUAUAUCGAUGUUGAACAUUGUUGAAUUUUGCAAUGAAUUUGCCAAAGAAAAAAAAUCUGUUGUUUUCAUUGUUGCUUAAUGAACAGUUUCAAAGAGUCAUUCAGAUUAAAUAUACAGUGAUGUCUGCAUAUGAAACAUAAUGAAUUUGUUUUAUUCAUGUUGAAUGUGAUUAAUAAAUGACUUUUCAUGUGGGAGGAGUAAUACUGAUAAGGGGAGGCUACUCUACGCCAUAGAUCACAACACUGGAAUCUUACCUUAAAGUGAAAGCACAUGUACUAAUAUCUAAAUUUUCUGAAGUGUGUAUAUUUUUAGGACAUUAAGAAAUAUUUGAAUGUAAGUCUUUUUGAAAGGAAUGUAUUUUUAUUUUAUAUCAAAUUGAUAAAUUCUGAUUUUUUUUAGUUGGAGAUUUCUGUUGGAAGGUAGACAUUUAGUCAAUGUUUUCAUUUGUUUGCUAAUUAUGUGUACACAUGUACAUGUAUAAUACAUGUAGUGUAGUUAUU